GACAAGUUUGGGCUAAUUUAAAGAGCCAUAUGCAAGGCAGUGUAUCAACAUUUUCCACAAAAAAGUGAUAGCUCUUUCUUCCCCCCCUAGCUACACCAUGAGAGCUCUACCAUUUCUAUACCUUGCCACCAUUUUAGAAACUACUCAAGUCAUUCCUAAUAACCUUCACCUUCUCAGACCACAUUCUGGCCUUGCUGGUCACAAUGUUGAAGGCAUUGACUGCCUAAGUUGGCGUCUAGCCGUGGAAACUGACAACAUCCGUAGCUGGUCAACAGUUCCAGAAGACUGUGAAAGCUAUGUUGGAAACUACAUGCUUGGCAAACAAUACCGUGAGGAUUGUCAAGUUGUGGCCGAUAAUGCUUAUGCCUAUGCCAAGAACCUCACACUCGGUGAUGAUGGCUUGGAUAUUUGGGUGUUUGACAUUGAUGAAACUACACUCUCUAAUUUGCCUUACUAUGCUCAACCUGAAGUUGCAUUUGGGGCAGUUGCAUAUAACUCAACAGCCUUUAACGAAUGGGAAGCAAAAGGCAUAGCACCAGCUGUGCCUGCGAAUCUUGAUCUCUACAAAAAAUUAGUAAAUCUUGGGUUUAAGAUUGUCUUUCUUACAGGAAGGUCUGAAACCUAUAGAAAUAUUACGAUAGAAAACCUGAAGAAUGUUGGUUACACCACUUGGGAGAAGCUCAUACUAAAGCAAACCUCUGAAUCGAGUACCACAGCAUUAGUGUACAAAUCAACCAAAAGAGCUGAGCUUGAAGCUGAAGGGUACAGGAUCCUUGGCAACAUGGGAGAUCAAUGGAGCGAUUUGUUUGGUACAAAUGUUGGCAAUCGAACAUUUAAAGUGCCUGAUCCAAUGUACUACAUUAGUUGAAAUUUCAUUAUGAUCUUACGAUUAAAAAGCUCUAGAGCUAAUUGGAAGCACUUGAUAAGUUAUAACUUCAGCUCUAUGCUUUGUACCAUGCCAAGUUUUUGGCUUUGGAUAUUAAUUAGGUGUUACUUUGAGGGGUCUGUUUUGGGUGUGCGCUAUGCCUUAAAAUAAGUUAAGUAAGGCUCUAUUUUCUGUGUUUUUCUGGGUUCUUUGCCUGCUUGAGCCACCCCAAGAUGAGUUGUAAGGGUGCUUGAGCUGGCUCUUGUACUUGCCUAUUGAGAACUCACAUUCUCGAUAUUAAUAUGUUUAGAAAUAAAAAUCCAAGGUUUCAAUUGGUUGAUCA